UUUAUGGUAUCGCUGAUUAAAUGGGGAUAUUCGUUGGUUAGCAAUCGGGAGAACAUAUCACGUUACGUUCUGGCCAACAGUACUGAUGGGCACUGUGCAUGGGAUUAGCUGCUAGCAGAGAGCCAUGGUUGGCUUGGCUUUUGGCUAAUAAUUUCUUCGGCCCCCGAUCGACCUCUCUAGUCUCUAGCUAGCUCCUCCGGCCUUAUCCUCCUCCCCUCGCCCGUCUCCCUCCAUGUACACUGCUGCUACUACAGUUUCCUUCUCAAGCUCUUCUCUCUCUACAUCAUCAAGGAACCAUUUAAUUCAUCCAUCUAGCUAGUUCUCUUCUCCAAGCCCUACAAAGUACCACCACACCAUCUUCUUCUUCCUCUCUCUCUCUCCUAGCUUCUAGCUAGCUAGGGCCAUCUGCUCAUGCUUCUUCCUUUCUUUCAGAUCAUAUCAGAGAUCGAUGAACCCUCACCAAAACUCCAUAAAAUAGUGUUGUGAUCUCCCACACGCACACACAAACACAAACACAAACACAGCCCGUCCUGGCUUCUUUCUCGCUCUUAUCAUAUCACAUGAGGAUUGAUGAAGGAUUCCUUCCGGCCAACCUAGCCAGCUGCAAUCUUUAGUAGGCUCAUAGCUAAGCUCUCUUGGGCGACAGUUGAAGCACUCCCUCAGCCCCUCUCUCUCUCAACCAUCGGCACACCUAACCUUCUCGAUCGAGCUAGACCCACAAGACGAAGGAGCUCACGAGCUAGACCCACAAGAGGAGCCCGGCCGGCGCCCAGCAACAUCAAAUCCGUUUCCACUCUCCUCCAAAUCACCACCCGGGUAAAGAAGAUACACGCCGGCAGAUUACAGAUAUAGCCGUGUGUGUAGCGUAUAUAUAACAUGGUCUAAUUGACCAUGGACAUCGCCGGAUCAGGCGGCGGCCGGCGCCCCAACUUCCCCUUGCAGCUCCUCGAGAAGAAGGAAGAAGAGCAACAGCAGGCCGCUGCUGGGCCGCCGGGCUCCUCCUCGGGUGGCGGCGGGAAUGGAUCUUCGUCCGAGAUGCAGCUGGCGGCCGCGCGGCCCAACAAAGCGGCGCCGAAGCGGACGUCGACCAAGGACCGGCACACCAAGGUGGAAGGCCGGGGGCGGCGGAUCCGGAUGCCGGCGCUGUGCGCGGCGCGCGUGUUCCAGCUGACCCGUGAGCUGGGCCACAAGACGGACGGCGAGACCAUCGAGUGGCUCCUCCAGCAGGCCGAGCCGGCGGUGAUCGCCGCCACGGGCACCGGCACCAUCCCGGCAAACUUCACCUCGCUCAACAUCUCCCUCCGCUCCUCGGGCUCCUCGCUCUCCGUCGUCCCGGCCCACCUCCGCGGCCUGCCAAGCCCCGGCGCAGCCCAGGCCGCCGCCGCCGCAAGGUUCAUCGGGAGCGCGGGGGCUCGUCCUGACGCGUGGGACCGGGUCGUCGGGCUCGGGUUCCCGCCGCCGUCGGAUGCCGCGCCGGCGUCGGCAUCGGCGUCCCCGCUGCUGCUCAACUUCCACUCGGGCAGCGUCGGGCUCGACGUGUCGUCGCCGAACGCCGCUGAUCUUUCCAGGAAGAGGAGAUGGGAGCAAGAAAUGCAGCAGCAGCAGCAGCAACAGCAGCAGCAGCAGCAGUAUCAGCAGCAGAUGGCCGGGUACACGACGCCGCAGCAGAGCCAGAUGCCGAGCGGCACCGUGUGGAUGGUGCCCAGCGGCAGCAAUAGCACGCAGGGUGGAGCGCCGUCUUCCGGUGGGGGAGGGGGAGAGUCGAUCUGGACGUUCCCGGCCCAGAUGGGCAGCGCCGGUGUGUACCGUGGGAGCGGGCUGCAUUUCAUGAACUUCCCGGCGGCGCCCAUGGCGCUCCUGCCGGGCUCGGCCCAGCAGCUGGGGCUCGGCCCGGUUGGAGCCGGAGCCGGAGGAGGAGGAGCAGGAGAGGGGCACAUGGGGAUCCUUGCGGCGCUCAAUGCGUACCGGGCGCAGGCGGCGGCGCCCACGGACGCAGGAGCGUCUAGCCAUAGCCAGCAGCAGCAGCACGGUGGCGGCGGCGAGCGGCACGAGAGCAUGAGCACCAGCGAGUCGUAGAGGAAGAAGGUCUCCGAGGAUCGCGCGUGCAUUGGUCUCUGGUACUCAGGUCGUGUGCCUAGCUUUGAUCUGUUCUUAAUUUGUUGGUCUUUGAUUCCAUUUUUUCUUCUUCCCUUUUCCGGUUUUGUGGUUUCCCUUCCUCUAUCUCCUCGUAGCUAGCUAGACAACUCGCGAGGAUUACACUCCAUGGCAGGCAUGCACAUUUAGAUCAUGGAUUGAUAUUUCAUCCUUUGCAUGCAUGCUUGGGCUAGCUGUAUGUGCAUGUCAGCAUGUGAGUGGAAGAGCGGGGGGCGUGUGCAUGCCAUUGGAGAAUUAGAGGAGGGAAAUUAACGCAUGAGCAGCAAGCAGAGAGAGAGAGAGAGAGAGAGAGGUUGUUAUUUUUGUUCUUUUAGAGUUUUAGGGUUUGAUCAAAUGCGAGAGAUUAUUUUUUUGCCGUCUAAUUAUGAUGAGGCCAAUUGAUCGAUCGAUCAUCA